UUUCGACGCCAACUGAGAGCCGACGUGCGAAAGGCCAAGCGGAGAGCCGCUCAAGUGGAAGGCCGGAGCCCGGCGGAGGCGAGCGAGCGAGCAGCCAAAAGCCUCGCAAACAAUCCGACAUGGAGGAAAAUAACAAGAUGCUGGCGGCGGGCAAAGCCAAGAAGCCCGGCAAGCGCGGUCGAAAGCCGGCCAAGAUCGACCUGAAGGCCAAACUGGAGCGAAGCCGUCAGAGCGCCAGGGAGUGCCGCGCCAGGAAGAAGCUGCGCUACCAGUACUUGGAGGAACUGGUCUCCAGCAAGGAGAGGGCCAUCUGCGCGCUCCGGGAGGAGCUGGACAUGUACAAGCAGUGGUGCUCGGCCAUGGACCGGGGAAAGAUCCCCUCGGAAAUCAAGGCUUUGCUGACGGCCGACGACCAGCAGCAGCAGCGGCAGCAGCAACAGCAGCACCACCACCGGGGGCCUGCCGUGGGGGGAGGCGCAACCACCAGAACGGCCAAGAGCGCUAAGAACCAAAACGUCUCAUGAGGGGUCACCGCCGGCCACCGCCCUGAUAUGAAGAAGAUUUUGUCCUGACUUUGGAACAUUUGCUGGACGCCACCGCCGGCAAAUCGCAGGACACGUCCACUUGUCGAGCUGGCUACUUGCAGCUGUGCUUCAGAACUGUUGUCACACCUGUUCCUCUUGAAAAUCAGCAAUAAUAAGAAUUUAAAAAAUCCA